AUGAGCUCGCCAAAACGACCGGGGUCUCCUUCACCAGGCUCUGAUUCGAAACGUGUAAAACUCUCAGUAACAGAACAAAACCAGGGUGUAUCCGCUGUCGACCCCGACUCUGCACCCGGUAAACGCAGCGAGCUCGACCCCGUCCAGUCCGGUGACAUUGGGAACCUUCCCAGCGAGGAGGGUGCUGCUACAGGAGAAUCAUCUUCUCGACCUGAUGUACGCGUGAAGGUGUUGGGAGAGGAUGAGGAUGGUGGAGACGUUUCUAUGGGUGAAGAUGACGGCGAAUCCGGCGACGAAAACGACGAUGAAGACCCAGCGCAACUGGAAGCUACGCGCCUCCGUCUUGAGGAGCAGGCAAGGAAAUACUUGGCUUCACAGACCCAUGAAGUCAUCAUUCCGUCGUAUUCUGCUUGGUUCGACAUGGCCAAGAUACAUCCUGUCGAGCGCCGAGCCUUGCCUGAGUUUUUCAACUCCCGGAAUCGGUCAAAGAGCCCAGCAAUAUACAAGGAUUACCGCGACUUCAUGGUCAAUACCUAUAGGCUGCGACCCACGGAGUAUCUCACCGUCACUGCCUGUCGUAGAAAUCUUGCGGGCGACGUCUGCGCCAUUAUGCGCGUCCACGCGUUUCUCGAGCAAUGGGGUCUAAUUAACUACCAGAUCGACCCAGAUGCUCGUCCUGCCGCCCUUGUUCCUCCAUUUACAGGCCACUUCCGUGUUAUACUUGACACGCCACGGGGUCUUCAGUCACUCCACCCCGGCUCGAAACCUCCCAAUCCUGGCGCAGCUGCCGUCAAUGGUGCUCAAAAAUCCAACUCUUCAACGAAUUCUGCCUCUCUCGAACUUCGUUCAUCCAUAUAUCAGACUUCAUCCAAGUCAAGUCGACCCGUCAGUGCCUCAGAGGCUAAGGACCUUGCAAAUGGGACCAAUGGAAGCACGCCUGCGAGCGGUCUCUACACUUGCGACACCUGCGGUUCCGAUUGUACCCCCGUCCGUUACCACUCUCUAAAAGAGAAGAAAUUCCAUCUUUGUGCUCCGUGCUACCUCAACGGGCGCUUCCCUUCUACCAUGUUCAGCGGGGAGGGCAAUGACAGCUGGUCAGAUCAAGAAAUUCUCUCGUUGCUCGAAGGAGUGGAGAUGUAUGAUGAUGACUGGAGUAAAAUUGAGGAGCAUGUCAUGACCAAGACCGCUCAACAGUGUAUACGCAAAUUCUUGGAACUGCCGAUUGAGGACCCAAUGCCAUUCGAGCAGGCCGAUAACCCUGUCAUGAGUGUGGUCGCCUUCCUGGCUGGGGUUGUGGGACCAGGGGUGGCGGCAGAGGCAGCAAAAACGGCUUUGCAUGAGUUGACAGAUGAUGCGAAGCCGGAAACAGGGAAACAGGAUGACAAGAUGGAUCAGGACCAGCCUGAAGGCGAAGCCGGAAAGGCGACGGCUGAUGAGAAGACGGUAGAGGAAGGCAAGGCUCCAUCUCGUACCCUGCCUCACUCCAAAGUUGCCCGAGCAGCUGACUUGGCGCUCAAAUCGUCUGCCAAAGCCGCCCAGUCUCUCGCCGAUGCCGAAGAUGCGCAGAUCCGGUCAACUCUUGCUUCGAUGAUCAAGCUGACGCUCACCAAGCUGGAAUUGAAGAUGUCGCAGUUUGAAGAGCUGGAGGACAUUCUAGAAGAGGAGCGGAAGGGACUGGAGAGCACCAGGAUGGCCCUUGUGCAAGAACGGUUAGGCCUGAAAAAGAUGGUAGACAAUGUCAAGACUCUCAUUGCAAAGAAUGGGACCGGGGUCAAUGGCCUUGGUAAUGUGUCGCUUGGGAACAGUGGCCAAGGGACUGUUAUCAAUGAGGUGCAGUCUGGGACGUCAAUGGAGGGAGGUUUGGGGCCCGUAGAGGACGGCAGCAUGUUACAGCUGACUUAA